AUGAACAGAUCCGAAUUGGCUGCUCUGUUUGCUGCAAACCCCCCAGUUCCCGCGUCAUCCUCACCCGUAAUGUGUCAAGAUCAUAUGCAGAGUCCUGCUGCAUCGUCACCAAACUCUCCUAGACUCGAAUUUCAGUCCCGGGUACGGAAGCUGCAGCUGUCGCCACGUCCCAGCCUUCGGAAACAUCGCCAUACACAUUCUGAACCUGAACAUGUCAGCACUCUACGACUGACUCACAAGAGGAGUCGCUCAGCUCAGCCAGCUUCAGAAGACACCCCUAACUUUCUAGCUGAGGAGCGGGAAGCAUGGGGUCGGAGAUCACCCGAAGCACCCCCAUUACAAGUCCCGUUUAACGAUGCUGGUACCAUCUUUCCAUCACGGCCGAAGUUACAGCCUUUUCCAUCUCCUCCUCCUCGAAAUCCCGCACGUCCAAUGCUACAGCCACGGAAACAAUCACGGGAGCGAGCACCUCGACAGAUCUUCGCACCGUUGAAUACAACAAGCGAUGUCAAUGAGCGGCCCAAGACCUCUCGCGGUCCCAGAAAGCUCGAGAUGCUGGAAGAAGAAAAUGAAGAAGACACUACAGAAGGGGAAACUGAGGACGAGCACAAACAUGAUGUGGAUGAAGAUAAUAACGAUGUCCCAAGGCUUUCCACCAGCACUAAACCUACCAGUCGUACCUCUAAAUUCAUUGAAGGUAGCAUGAACGAGCGAUCAUCUGGCAUUGCUUCCUCAUGGUUCCGAGAAGCGCUCUCCGAGAGUGACAAACCUCUACCUCCAACUCCUGCUGUCAAGCACGUUACGUUCAGCUGCACUCCGGUUCGCGAAGCGCUGGACGAGACUCGGGAACCAGUGUCCGAGCUACCCACCACCACCAAACGUAAAGAGCGCCGUGGUCUCAGAAGAAGUAUCUCCAACUUCAACUUCCAGGCUCUUUCUGGGAAGAUGAAAUUAUUCAGCAGCUCUGGCCAUGAGGUUGCACCUGCUGAGCAGGGAGAGAAGAAAAGGCCGGCGCAGAAAUCCGACGCCACGGAUCUCAACACGCUGAAUGAACGCAAGAGAAAAGCAGACGAAGCGUACGCCGCGCAGUUCGGAAGUAAAAGGCAGAGGUUUUCUGGCCCCCCUUCAUCAAUAUCAACCAACGCUCAAAGCUUGCAAGGCCAAAUCCGGAACAUUGACCAGACAUCUGACGUGCGCACCUCCACAACCACCUUCAACGCCACCUCAAACGCCAAUCCUGAUCUGCGCAAGAAGAAAUCUCGUCGUGAGCUAGAACGCGAAAACGCCGAAUUAAGAGCGAGAUUGGAUGCGCAGCAGAAUUUCCGGGAUAUCCAGCCACAAAGGCAUAUAACGGAGGUGGAUAUUCCCCCUGUACCCAAAGUUCUUGGAAGGGGCGUGUUAACGGUGUUGGAGAACAUGCAACCGAAUUCUGAUUGGAGGGAAGCUGGAUCUUUGGGGGGAAAGCGCAAUUGGAGUGCGGUUAGGAGUAACGGGGACGGAGAGGGCUUGAACGACGAUGCUGGUCCAAAAGUGGCUCCAUCGCUCCUUGCAAUGGGUUAUGCCAGGAGUCCUGAUGCUAAUACUGCUGCGAAGGGGAGGAAGUCAUUUGAGUGGCCAGAAGAUGUGUUCUGA